UAUAACGAUGUUUGUAUUCGAAACACGGAAGAUAUCAAUUGCUUUUCUAUUAAUGUUAAUAGGGAUAGUUUGUAGUGCAGUUAUUUCCCAGGACAGAAAUACAUUUCCGUGGUAUCCACAAGGCUGGAACGGGUAUGUCUUGUAUUGUCCAAAUACCUGUAAAAACGUGUCAAUUGGCGGAACCACCAAAGAGGGCUGUUGCGCAUGCCAUUCAAAAAGUCUUUGGGAUUUCAGUAAGACAAUUUCACAUGUAAAUGUUUCUAAGGAAGGAUACUUAGAAGGAAAUAAGUCUGCCAAAAAUAUUCAUAUUAAUUCUAUUAAACAAAAUUAACAGUUUUUCCCUAAAAAUAUUUGCCAAUUUCCAGGAAUAACCAAAAUCAAUCUGUCGUUUAAUCUCAUCACGGAUAUCCCAAACCUUUCUUGUGUACCAAAUUUGACUGAUUUGAAUUUAUCUUACAACAAGUUAUCUUUAUUGCCGAAAACGUUAACACAGAAUAGGAAUCUGAGAACGGUGGAUCUGUCAGGUAACUACAUUACACGUUUGGAGACCGGAGUAGUGGCUGCACUGUCAGCUCACAACAUACUUCUACAAGGAAAUCAGAUUAUGUCAAUUGAUAUCACAGAUGUUGUAUUUGAACGACCAUUUUGUGUGAUUAAUAUGUCUCAUAAUGCCUUGAGGAUACCUACAAAUGAAAACAACUGGAGAGUAAAUCUAAAAGCAAAGUAUGGACCUGGGUAUGGAGUUUUUUCAUAUAAUUACAUGAAAAGAAUGCCAAAGGCAACAACAAUUGGCUUUUUCAAUCUUUUUGAUUUCGGUAAGCUAUUUGAUUUUGGAUUUGAUUUUCGGCAUAAUCCGAUAAUUUGCGAUUGUAAGAUCGCAGAGCCCUUGUUACACUUUAAAGAAUAUAUUGAUAUGAUGAAAAGAGAUUACUUCAACAUAACAUGUGGUUCACCAGAAAAGUUUCAGGGUAAGUCGUUACCGAGUAUCAUAGGGGAAAACCAAAUAAAAGACUUGCUCUGUAACUAUACUUCGACUCCUUCGUGUCCAAAUGGUUGUACUUGUGAAGAAAGCCCUAAAACAUUGACUAUAGAAGCAAGUCCUUGACACUGACUCUCAUCAUUAACUGUUCCGGGGCUGGUGUAACGCGCCUUCCGCGUGUUCUUCCCUACAGUGAUCGUAUCGAGUUUCACAUGAGGGGGAACUGCAUAUACGAAAUAACUAACAAUCAUUACUUGAACCACGUAAGUGUGUUAGAAUUAGAAAUGAUGCCUGUGUUCGAUAAGGAUGCCCUAGAUAAUCUAACCCGUCUCCAAAUAUUUUCCAUACCGGAGUCGGAACAGCGAAAAGGAAUACCUCGAUCCCUGUCUCGUCUGAGUCCCUGUGUCUUUCUCCAAAAGACAGAUUUUGUUAUGGCUUGCACUUGCGCCCAUCUGUGGAUGUUGGACUGGAUAGGUAGUUUUCUGACCAGCAAAUGUGCUUCUUACGUUUUCAAAUGCUUGAAUGGCACUGCUAAGGAAAAUCUAACUAUUUAUAUCCCUAGUCUGAAUUGCUCAGAUAUGGACUAUUUUCAUAAAUAUAAAUGGAUGAUUAUUGGCUCAUCUGUUUUUGUAUUUGUUUGUUUUAUCAUACUAAUUGUUCAUGUUUGGAAGACUGAACUAAAAAUUGUAUUAAGAUUAAGAAAAAUAUGUACCAAAAGUAAAAAAAAUGUGGAUCAGGACUGUGUUGUGUACAUCUCGUACGAUGUCAAUAAUGUAAAAGUUGGUCCAUGGGUGUUCCAAACACUUGAAAAAUUUCUGGAAAGGAAUGAUUUGAGUGCUUUUGUGCCAUCUCAUGACCUGCCUUUGGGCAGUGUAAGAGCAGAGGAAGCAGCAUACCAAAUAUCUGUGUCCAGGUAUUACCUGGUGAUUCUGUCUGAGGGUUAUUCCGACGAAGAGUCAUUAGUGACGCGCAAUGAAUGGAAAAACAUAUGGAACCGUUUUAUGUCCGAUUCACGAAAGAAUCUUCUAGUCAUAAAUUUUGAUUUGAUGCAACCAGGCGAUGUGUCUUGUCGAAAACUUGGAGCUUACUUACGUUUUGGCAAUGUAAUUAAUUUUGCAGAGGGCGAAAAGGAAACAUUUUCACAAAUAUUGAAUACGUUUGUAGAAUAGCUCUUUUGAAACACCGGUAAUGUUCGUUGUACUAACGUUAAAAUGGAAAUUAUGGUUCUUGGCGAACUAAGUCACAUCAUAUUCUUUCUUUUUAGAUUUAAUUCUUAUGUUUAUUUAUCUUCAGUAUGUCUUUAUUAUCAUUGACCGUCAAUUGAUUGACUUGGCAAUGGAGAUGUAUGUUUUAUAAUAUACUAGUAUCCGGAAUUGUAAAUCCGAGAGUCAUAAUUAACUAGCAUUUCUUUAAAUAUAAUAUCGCGUUUGUCCAUUACAAAACUCUUCAAGAAUAGUAUUAGAACAGUUCAUGUUAAAAAUGCAUGAACAAUUUUUAUACCAUUUUCAGUUUUAAAAAAACCAGAAGCAUUUUUAGUUUUUACACAUAUAUAUGGUAGAAAUCUUUAGAAAAUGUUAAAUAUAGCAAAGGCACUAAAAUUGUUAAUUCUAUUUGUGGAUAAUAAAAAUCAUA